UAACGUUAACCUCUGUCACUUGAAAUUGCGAUAGUGGCAAAAUAAAAAUAGAAACUAUAUCAGCAUUUAUGUGAAAGAAAAUCGUGUUUAUUUAUCAAAUUUGAGUUAUUUACUGUCUGUGGAAAGAUCAUUUUACAUGAACUGGGUCAUCAUCAAUCGCGCCUUGAGUCCGCAUUAAACAUUUCACAUUCGCGACAGUCUUCUGGAGAGUGUGUUUCUUUGGUUUCUUCUCCAGCAUGGAGAACAUAAAGUAUUUACUUAAUAAUAACCGCAGCCCUGGGGAGGUCAAAGUGCAAAUAACCCGCGCCAACGGCGGACAAAGGGGCCUGCAGCAUCUGCCACAACGGCCGAAAGUUGACCUGGCUUUUUCCGACUUGACGUACACAGUGAGACAAGGCAAAAGUGAUAAGGUAAUUUUGAAACAUGUCAGUGGUAGGCUCAAAUCUGGGGAGCUCACCGCCAUUAUGGGUCCUUCUGGGGCCGGUAAAUCUACACUGCUCAACAUACUUACAGGUUACAAAACUGAAGGUAUGCAAGGGCAAAUCCUGAUGAACAACAACGAAAGAGAUCUGAGUCAGUUCAGGAAACUUUCGGCCUACAUCAUGCAAGACAAUCAGCUUCACGCGAACCUCACUGUGAGCGAGGCCAUGGAGGUGGCUGCCAAGCUCAAAAUCGGUGACAAAACAUUAGAACAACGUGAAGCGAUCAUUGCCGAUAUUCUCGAUACACUGGGUCUCCUGGAGCAUAGAAGAACAAUGACGAGCGGGUUGUCUGGAGGUCAGAAAAAGAGGCUGUCCAUUGCUCUGGAACUAGUCAGUAAUCCGCCCAUUAUGUUUUUUGACGAACCCACCAGUGGCUUGGACAGUUCUUCCUGCUUUCAGUGCAUUUCGCUGUUGAAAGAGCUGGCUAGAGGCGGACGUACCAUCAUUUGUACCAUACAUCAACCCUCUGCAAGAUUGUUCGAAAUGUUCGACCACCUGUACACGCUGGCCGACGGCCAGUGCGUGUACCAGGGCAGCACCAGGCAACUGGUCCCGUUCUUGGGCAGCUUGGGGCUGCAGUGCCCGUCGUACCACAACCCCGCCUCGUACAUCAUAGAGGUGGCUUGCGGCGAGUACGGCGAGCACACGCGCACCCUCGUCAACGCAAUCGAGAACGGCAAAAACGACAUCGUCAACGACCAGCCGUUCCCGGAGUUCAAAAUGACCGACGGCCUGAACAACGCCGACGCUUACACCAACGAGAACUUGGAUUCGGUGAUCGCGAACACUUUGGCCAAGGGUUCGCCGAACGCCAUCAACAUGAACAAUUUGUACAACGAGAAGGAGAGCAACGUCCAAAACAACGUUGCCAUUUCCGUGGAAAAAGACGACAAAAUUAACGCAGAAACGCCAUUUUUGGACAGUUCGGUGCAACAACCCCGAUACGGAACUUCGGAACUUCAACAGUUCUUCAUUAUAUUAAGAAGGGCCUUACUUUUCAGCAGAAGAGAUUGGACUCUUAUGUACCUCCGUCUUUUCGCGCAUAUUCUCGUUGGUUUCCUCAUUGGCGCCCUCUACUUUAAAAUCGGCAACGACGGAGCCAAGGUUUUAAGUAACUUGGGUUUUCUCUUCUUCAACAUGCUGUUUCUGAUGUACACCUCUAUGACAAUCACCAUUCUUUCCUUCCCGCUGGAAAUGCCCGUACUUUUGAAGGAAAGUUUCAAUCGUUGGUAUUCACUUCGGAGCUACUACUUGGCCAUCACGAUUUCGGACAUGCCCUUCCAGGCCAUUUUCUGCGUAAUCUACGUCACGAUCGUGUAUUUAAUGACGUCACAACCGUCCGAGUGGUCCAGAUACGGGAUGUUCCUUUUGGCUUGCCUCCUCGUGUCGUUCGUAGCUCAGAGUGUGGGACUUGUGGUUGGAGCCGCAAUGAACGUCCAGAACGGCGUGUUUUUGGCGCCCGUAAUGUCGGUGCCGUUCCUCCUCUUCUCAGGGUUCUUCGUGUCUUUCGACGCGAUCCCCAUAUACCUGCGGUGGAUCACGUACCUCUCCUACAUCAGGUACGGUUUCGAGGGUACCGCACUGGCAACCUACGGUUUCGAUAGGCCAAAGUUGCAGUGCUUCACCUCGUACUGUCACUUCAAAGCGCCCACUGUCACUCUGGAAGAGCUCGACAUGGUUCACUCGAAUUACACCGUCGACGUGGUGGCGCUGGUGGUCAUCUUCUUCGUCCUAAGAAUUUCGGCCUUCCUCUUCUUGAGAUGGAAGCUCAAGUCCAACCGCUAAGCGCAGUCAUUUUUUUUAUUCUUACUUGACUGAUCUUAUACAUGUUUAUCACAUCUUAUAUUAUUAUUAUUAUUAUUAAUUUGGUUUUUGUUACUUUAACGGAUGUUAGAUUUAGUCGAGCAGUGUUUAUGUCCAAGAUUGCCAACUUUCAAAUUCGAUUUAAAAUGGGCAGUAUACCAUGUUCAAAAUGUGGAAAAUGUUGGGUUUAAUUUUACGUCUCUAUAACUUCGAUAUUUUUUUUGGUUGGAAUAUUAAUACUUUAUGUACAGUUUAAGACAGUUUCACUCUAUAUUGAUAUUAAAUUUUAACGCCCAUCUUAAAAAAUACAGGAGUUAUAGUAGAAAUACGGUUUCCCCAAAAUUUUUCACUUUGCACAUACACUAUAUAAGCAUGAUAUGAUCUCCUCAUACAGGGUGAUACUAUAGAAUUUGUCCAUUUUUAACAAAUAUUUAAAUGUGAUAAUAAAGAACUAUAAAAUUGUGAUGCCUAAAAUUUACGCUUGUGAUUAUCAAAGAAACAAAUUUACUUGCCAGUUAAAAAAACCCAUGACAAUUUUGUUUUAUUUUCAAAAUAUUCAUUGAUGAUAUAAAGAAUGGGGUACACUUGGACCAUAUAUUAUAGAAUUUGUAUUUUUGUAUUUUUAGUCCUUUACAGUUAGUUGCAUAAUAUGUAGGUGUACAUACUUUUAAUAAAUUAUUAUGGAA